UAAACAUGCACCCUUAUUUGCACGAAUAUUACUCAGUAGCAAAAUUCAAGGCUGCAUAUGCAACUCCAAUUCCAGCACUUACAGAUCAGUCUCAGUGGCCUGAAGUGGACAUAGAAUUUUCCAUGUGUCCUCCCCUAACAAAAAGAAAGGCUGGUAGGCCUAAAGAGAGCAGAUUCAAGGCAUGGUUUGAGAGAGGUGGGAGUAGUAAAAAAGGGAAGGGAAAGAAGGAUGGAAAACCAAAAAGGUCCCAAAAAGGUAACAAAAAUAGAUGCAAGUUGUGCCAGGAACUUGGGCACCGAGCUGGAUCUUCCAAGUGUUGUUACACUCCUAAAAGGCCAAAGAGGAAGUGUGCAGCUGAGCCCCUUGUUGUUGAAGAUUGCUGGCCAAAGAAAAAGACAAGAGGCAAUGGUUGUAGAAAAAAGAGAAGUUAUGGUGAAACAAUGCAAACUGAGCAAAAUGAGCAAGACUUGGAUGUGCUGCAAAAUGAGCAACAAGACUUGGAUGUGUUCCAAAAUGAAGAUGUGGUCCAAAAUGAGCAAGACUUGGAUGUGUUGCAAAAUCAAGAUGUGGUGCAAAAUGAGCAAGAUAUGGAUGUGAAGAUGUGGGUGCAAAAUGAGCAAGAUAUGGAUCUGGUGCCAAAUGAUUAUCUUCCAGCUGAUGUUGUGCAAGCUGAGCCUAUAUUAGAAGUUGUGUUGCCUAACCCUGUUUUUUCAGAAGAUGUGGUGCCAACUAAGCCUAUAUUGGAAGUUCUGUUGCCAAUUGAGCUUGAUGAUAUUCCAACUGAUGCAGUGAUGAAAACCAAGAGCUUGAGUGAACUGGGUAUAGUGGUAAAGAGAAGCACUGAUAAAAAGAAGAAGAAGAAGCUGAAGUGA